AUGUCCGGUUCAAACGAUCAGAUCGCUAUCAACACCAUCCGAGCCCUCGCUGCUGAUGUAGUAGGCAAGGCCAACUCCGGUCACCCUGGUGCUCCCAUGGGUAUGGCUCCUGUCGCCCACGUUCUUUUCAGUAAAUUCAUGAAAUUCAAUUCCAAGAACCCCAAGUGGAUCAACAGAGAUCGAUUCGUUCUUUCUAACGGUCAUGCUUGUGCCCUUCAAUACAUCCUCCUUCACCUUGCCGGAUACAAGGUCUCCAUGGAUGACCUCAAAGCAUUCCGACAAAUCGACUCUAUCACCCCCGGUCACCCCGAACUCGGCGUAACUGAUGGUAUUGAAGUCACCACUGGUCCCCUUGGUCAAGGUGUCUCAAACGCUGUUGGUCUUGCCAUUGCCCAAGCACACAUGGGUGCCGUCUUCAACAAGGAUAAUUUCUCUCUCAUUGACAACCACACUUACGUCUUCCUUGGUGAUGGAUGUCUACAAGAAGGUGUCGCUUCCGAAGCAUGUUCCCUCGCUGGUCACUUGAAAUUGGGUAAUUUGAUCGCUGUCUACGAUGACAACAAAAUCACCAUCGACGGUGACACCGCUGUAUCGUUUACUGAAGACGUAGAAGCCCGAUUCAAGUCUUACGGAUGGGAAGUUCUCCACGUUGAGAAAGGUGACGAUGACAUCGCUGCUAUCGAAGCCGCUCUCAAAGAAGCCCAAAAGUCCAAAGACGUACCUACCAUCAUCAACCUUAAAACCACAAUCGGUUUCGGUUCGCUUAAACAAGGUGGUCACGAUGUCCACGGUGCUCCCCUCAAAAAAGACGAUAUCACCCAAAUGAAGAAGAAGUUCGGUUUCAACCCUGAAGAGACCUUUGCCGUCCCCAAGGAGACUUACGACAUCUACAACGCUGCCGCUGAGAAAGGUGCCAAAGCUGAAGCUGAUUGGGAAGCUCUCUUCAAGCAAUACUCGGAGAAAUACCCCAAAGAAGCUUCCGAGCUCACUCGACGAGUCGAAGGUCGACUUCCCGAUGGAUGGGAGAAAGCCCUCCCCACCUACACCACCUCUGACGCCGCUGUCGGUUCCCGAAAACUCUCUGAGACCACCAUCAGCAAACUUGCUGAAGUCCUUCCUGAGCUUGUUGGUGGAUCUGCCGAUUUGACCGGUUCAAACUUGACUCGAUGGAAGAACGCCGAAGAUUUCCAACACCCUUCCACCGGCCUCGGUUCUUACGCCGGUCGAUACUUCCGAUUCGGUGUACGAGAACACGGUAUGGCUGCCAUCUGUAACGGUAUCGCCGCUUACGGCGGUCUUAUCCCAUUCGGUGCUACUUUCCUCAACUUCGUUUCAUACGCUGCCGGUGCCGUUAGACUUUCCGCUCUUUCUCACCUCCGAGUUCUCCAAGUCGCUACCCACGACUCCAUUGGUCUUGGUGAAGAUGGACCCACCCAUCAACCCGUUGAGACCGCUGCUUGGCUCCGAGCUAUUCCCAACCUUGCGUUCUGGCGACCUGCCGACGGUAACGAGACUUCCGCUUCUUACCUUGUCUCUAUCCUCUCUCAACACACCCCUUCCGUUCUCGCAUUCUCCCGACAAAACUUACCUCAACUUGCCAACUCUUCCAUUGAGAAAGCAGCCAAAGGUGGUUACGUACUUGAAGAAGUUGAAAACGCCGAUGUCACUCUUGUUUCCACCGGAUCAGAAGUACCUCUCUGUCUCGGCGCUGUAGAGCAACUCAAGUCAAAAGGAAUCAAAGCUAGACUUGUGUCCUUACCUUGUUUCGAAGUUUUCGAGACUCAAUCAAGAGAUUACAAGCUUUCCGUACUUCCUUCAGGUUCUCCUAUCCUUUCAGUAGAAGCUUACUCUACAUUCGGUUGGGGCCAAUACUCUCACGAUCACUUUGGUCUCAAAGCAUGGGGUGCCUCAGGUCCAUACGACCAAGUAUACAAAAAGUUCGACAUCACUCCCGAGGGCAUCGCUAAGAGAGCUGAGAAGGUUGUUGCAUUCUACAAGAAACGUGGUCAACCUGUAUUCUCCCCUUUGAUCUCUGCAUUAGAUGACAUCUCCGAUGAGUAG